CUGCUGCAGACAAGUAUUCUAGAUUUUGACAUCAUUCGGACCGAUAUAUUCUGCAGACAAAAAAAAAAGAAGUAUAUUUGCUAUUAUCUAAAUUUUAUUUCAAUUAAAAAAGUAAUACAACGAAUCAAAUAUAUAUAUAUAUUAAAUAUUAUUUGUUGUUCAAUAUUAAUUUAUAAAUUAACAAUAAUUUAAUACAAUAAACUUUUAUUACAUACAAUAUUGUUAUUUUAUGAUUAUUCUGUCAGAAUAUUAUAAUAAACAAUGAGUUCAUUACAUCUUGGAAAGGGUUCUACUAAACCGGCAGAAAUCGAAGGACAGGCAAGAUUAUAUAGUAUGAAAUUUUGUCCAUACGCUCAUAGAAUUCGUCUGAUACUAUCCAUUAAAAAAAUUCCUCAUGAUAUCGUCAAUAUUAAUUUAAAAAACAAACCGGAAUGGUAUUUAGAGAUUCAUCCAGAAGGAAAAGUACCAGCAUUUGUUGAUGCAGAUGGUAAAGUAAUCGUUGAUUCAACGGAAAUUGCAAAUUAUAUAGAUAAAAAGUAUCCUCUACCGGAAUUAUAUCAUGAAGAAACAAAAAAUCGUGAUUUAGAAUUACUCGAACAUUAUUCCAAGAUUAUUGAUAUUUUUUCAAAUUGUAUACACGGUAAAGAUUCAAGAAUGUUGAAUGAAAUAGUAGAUGAAUUAAGUAAUCUUUUGGAAGAAUUUGAGGACGAAUUAAAAAUGCGCGACACAGAUUUUUAUGGAGGUAAUGAACCUAAGAUGUUGGAUAUUCUCAUGUGGCCAUGGAUUGAAAGAGCAAAGUCAUUAUCAUUAAUUUAUAAACAACCUUUGAAUGUUGAUAAACAAAAGUUUCCAAAAAUUAUGAAAUGGAUUACUGAAAUGAGAGCACAACAAUUUGUACAAGAAAAUGCAUGCUCUUAUGAAAAGUUUGGGCGGCUUAUCAACGAAAUGAAAUCUUCUGAUAUUGAUUUCGAUGCUAUAUAAAGAAUGUCAUCGAAAUUUUAGAAAAUGCUUUUACAAAUACUAUAGACAGACAAAAGAUAAGAACUAAGAGAGAGAAAGAGAAAGAAAGACAGA